GCCCACGAGCCGCCCCUUCGCCUGUCACCCUCCCCACUCGGGCUAGCCCUGUGGCUGCGACUGCUUGGCCACGGGUCAACCCACCCGCCGCGACCCCCUCACGCGAGCCCCCUCCCAGGCGGGUGUUCGUCCAACCUGCUCUGAAAACCCUCCAGGGAUGGACUUUCCACCCCCUCCCUAGGCAGCUCAUUCCAGUGCUUCCCCACCCUGAGCGGACGUUUUUCCUAAUGUCCAACCUAAACCAUCCUGGCUGCAGUGUAAGCCCAUUGCUUCUUGUCCUGUCCUCAGAGGUUAAGGAGAACAACGUUUCUCCCUCCUCCUUGGUCAAUGUGUUACUGUAGUACCAGAAAACAGAGGAUAAGAGCGAUGGGCUCGUGCAGUGCCCUCGCCACCGCCUUGCAAGUACGGGCUUGGCAACCUGUGUAGCCAAGGAAACUAGCUGAGAGUUUCUUAAUGGCUGCUGGCUUCAUGCCUGGCGGUACCCUGUCCUUACAGAGCUGUGUGGCUCUGUUGCAGACCAGCCAGUCGGCUGUCAUGUGCCCCACCAUGCUGCAGUGUCACAUUAUUUGUUGGGCGAGUGUAACUAAAGUAGUGAUGUAGGCAUUGUAAUCUAAUGAGAUCUCUGCCCCCCUUUCAGGAACAAUAUUCAGAGCUAGCUGGAAAAUUUGCAGCCUGAAAUAGAAAACCUAGCUAAGCGUCUUCGCUAUGAAGUUUCAAUUCGUGGGAAGCAACUGGGUUGGUCUGAAAAAGUUGCUAGGUUCCAUUUCAGGAAGAAUAUGGGAAGAAUUGUUUCAGAAUUGUAUAUUCGAGACAACUGCCACCCCUUCAAGGCUAGUCUGUUGAUGUGGAUACAGAUUCCAGUGUGGGUGUUUGUUUCCAUAGCUUUGCGUAACUGCAGUGUAGGUGCAGCAGACUCAGAAGUCCUUGCAGUUCAGGAACAGCUGUCAACAGGUGGAACCCUGUGGUUUACAGACCUUACUGUACCAGAUACUACAUGGAUUUUGCCAGUCUCACUUGGGCUCCUCAAUUUGCUGAUAGUGGAGAUCUUUGCUCUGCGAAAACUUGAACUGUCCAGGUUCCAGAAGUAUGUUACCAACUUCAUUCGAGGACUGUCAAUACUGAUGAUUCCUAUUGCUGCAACUGUACCUUCAUCCAUGGCUUUGUACUGGUUAUCCUCCAGCUUCAUGGGACUCUCACACAACCUGCUACUGCGCUCUCCAACUUUUCGUCGACUGUGCCACAUACCAAGGACCAAGUCUGACUCAGACACUCCUUAUAGGGAUAUAGUCUCUGCCUUUUAUACUAAGUACUUUUUAAAAAAGUGAUUCAUUUUGCAUUGGUGGAAGAACUACCCUAUACAGGCAACUUGAGUAAUUUAUAAGUCAUAUUGUAUUGAAAUGUACCUAUUUAAUAUGGGGCAAGUCUAUGCUACCACGCUACAUCAGCGCAGUUGCACUGAUGCAGCUGCACUGCUGUAGCUCACCUGGUGAAGAAACGCUAUGCUGAUGGGAGGGCGUCUCCCACCGACAUAGCACAGUGUGGACAGUGCUUUAAGUCAAUGUCACUCUACGUCGCUCAUGGGUGUGAAAAAGCCAUCCCCUGAGCGACGAAAGUUACAUCAACUGAAGCAGUAGUGUAUCCAAGCCCUGAGUGUCUCCUUGAAAGAGAAUGUGAAAGGCUGUCAUUGGAACUGUAUUUUUCCUAAUAAAACAGUGGCUGUCUCUGACAAGAAGUGGAGUGGGUAAUUGUACUAACUUCUUGGCGCAGUGCAAAAUUGUUGGGAUUUUUUUAGUUCAGGUGGUGUUUUUGUAAGUUGGGUGUCCAACUAAUAGCAGCUUCUUUCCUUUAUUGGUAAUAUAGGAUGAAGAUAGAUGUUAAAAUUGGGCUGAUGUAGCUCUGCUAUUUACACUGAGUCUGAUUUUAACUACAGGCUAGUGAACAACGAUGUACCUUUAUUUGAAGACUGAAUGGGUCACUGGGUUGGUAAUGGUGUGCUAGGUCUCCUCUCUCAGACACUUGUUCUGGUUCAGGUUCAAAUUCAGUAGUUGACCACACGUAGUCAAUCUACUGGCCCAUGAGAAAGUUCUACGGACAACUGAGAUGGUGUUUUUGUGAAACUACAAAGGUGGAUUUAAUUGCCCACUCGUUCGCAGUGUCAGCAAACUAAUCUGAAACAAGCUAGGAAUCCAUGGAUUUACACAGCAUGAGAAAGGUUCACUGCUACUAUCCAGGGGAACAGGUGUAGAACUUUGACUCAGGAUAUAAGGGUUCUGUUCUUGGCUCUCAUGUUGAGCUUGUGUAAGUCACUUCAUCUCUCCAUAUUUUAGUUUCCCCAUGUAUAAAAUGGGGAUAAUGACACUUAUCCUGCUUUGUUUAAAAAAAAAAAAAAAAAAAAGCAUCAUGUGAAAGAGUGUAUUAUUCUGGCACUGGCAGUUGUCAUAGGCACUGGUCUCACUUUUGUAUAGAACUAUGUCACACAGCUCUACAAGACCAAAAAACCAUUGUUUUGUAUGUCAUGUACACACUGUGGAAUGUUCAAGUUCAGUGUCCAUAAAGAAAGGAAUUAAUUACUACAACAUAAAAUUGAAAUGAAAUGAUUA